AUGCGAACAUUUCUUGUGCUUACAUUCGUUACGAUCAAUUCUCUAUUGAAGCAUGUUCAAGCCAAUCGAACAAUUAUAGUUCCUACUGAAUAUGGUGACGUACUUGGUUAUGAAACAAGUAUGGCUCGUAUUUUUUACGGAAUUCCAUAUGCACAGCCACCUAUUGGCGACUUGAGAUGGAAUCGACCAGCACCUAUUUCAAAAUGGACUCCGAAAGUAUUAAAUGCUACAACACGUGCUCCAGCUUGUCCUCAACCACCAUGUGGCGGUAUUCCAUCAUUUCUUUGUCCUACAAUAUUCUCUGAGGAUUGUCUUUACUUGAACAUAUUUACACCAUUGCCAAGUAAUUCAACAUCAUCACCUCGUCUACCCGUUAUGAUCUUUAUUCCUGGUGGUAAUUUCCAAUAUCUUGAUGCUUCGGUACCAGUCUAUGAAUCUGAACGAAUUGUUAAUACUACGAAUGUUAUCAUUGCUCUUAUUCAAUUUCGUCUUGGUGUACUUGGUUUUCUUGCAACGGGAACUAAACCAGAUGAUAUAAAAGGUAACUAUGGUAUUCUUGAUCAACGAUUGGCUAUUGCCUGGAUUAAAGCGAAUAUUGAUGCUUUCGGUGGAGAUCCUAAUCAGAUAACACUAUUUGGUCAAAGUGCUGGAGCACAAUCAGUGGCUUUACAUCAUAUAACAAGUGAGAUGCAAUCGUUCUUUCAGGCGAGUAUUAUUCAAAGUGCUCCGAUGGCGAUUCCAUUUCGAACUUAUGAACAAUAUAUUACACCUGCUACUCUUCUUGCUGAAGUACUUCAAUGUGCUGUUGGAGAUAUAAGCUGUUUACGCAAAGCAUCUUCUCAGGACAUAGCUACUGCUCAGACAAAAGUAAAUGCUAUGUUAACUUCGUUAGAAUUUUUACUAUUUUUUGAGCCAUGGGUACCUGUAAUUGACAAUAAUAUUGUAAAAGGUCAACUUAUUGAAAUAGUACAGAAUACAUCUUUUCCACUUAAACCACUUGUAAUUGGUACAUUGACUGAAGAAGCAAUUUUUUACAUCUAUGAAGCAUGGGUAAAACCGGUCACAUUGUCAUUAUAUCUUGAAAUUGUACUCUUCACGUUUCGUGAACAUGCCGUUAAAGUGAUGGAACGUUAUCCACCUAUUGAACUUAACGAUUUACGGCCACUUCUAUCUCAAAUGGCUACACAAUGGGUGUUUGCAUGUCCGACACGUAUUUAUGCUCGUAAAGCUGCUUCAUAUUCGUAUGUUUUUGGUUUUCCACUUGAUUUUGAUGGAUGGGAAAACGAAACGUUUUGUAAUAAUCAUGUCUGUCAUGCUGGUGAACUACCUUUUACAUUUGAAUCAGCAUGGGUUAAUUUUACAGAUGCUGGCAAACGUGUUUCAAUGAGUAUGGCUACUUAUUGGACUAAUUUUGCCAAGACUCAUGAUACAAACCAACCAGUACCACAGUCAAUAGUAUGGCCAAAAAUGAAUACUGAUGAACCUUAUUUGUACUUUCAAGAUCCACUAGAUGUUCGCAGCGCUUAUUUGAAGGAUGAUUGUGACUUUUGGGACAAAAUUGGUUACAAAACAAUCCCUCCUAUCUAUGUCUAA